ACUGAACUCUAAAACACACAUGACAGGGGAAGAUAGAAAAGGUUCUCUGCUUAGGUUAGUAUAUCACAGGCAGGUAAACCUGGACGGCUAGUUCUGAACCUCAUUGCCAAAGGAAAGGCUGACUGGCUGGCACAAUGGCCUACCCCGGUGACGUUAAUGCUGACCUUUACUUUGACCUCUUUCAUCUGCUGAGAAGUGAACGGCCCAAUGAGAACAUCCUUUUCUCACCUUUGAAUAUCUCAGCAGCCUUGCACCUAUUGUACAGUUGUAGAGCGGACUGUGAUCUACAGGAUGAAAUGCCAGAUGAUUUCAGUCAAGACAACCAGGACCUGCAUUCAAGAUCAAAGCCGGACUUAGAAGAGUCACCAGAUUGCAAUGCCUUGGAAGCCAGUCAGAGAUGGGAUUUAAUGCAUGAGCAAAGAGCUCAGGAGGCUCAGCCUAAGUCUUUGGAAGAAGACUGUGAGGUGUAUGAAACAAAGGAAAAGCCUUCCAUUGCAGCUCCCCUUCCAGCUUUUAAGAGGGAUGAUAGACAAGAUGGCAGCAGUUUGACCCAUGCUCUCCCAUCUAGUGUUGGUUAUUCUGUUAGUAAUGAAAGUGUGUCAUCUCAGUAUCUCCUUUGGCGCAAAUUAAUCCCUAACCCUAAAGCUGUUGAAGAUGUUAGUCGAGAAGAGGCACCUCCUGAAAUGGAAGCUUCUAAGAAAUUGACCAGUGGUUUAGAAAACCAGAAAGGAUCAGUCAUACAAAGAAACAUGGAUGUUGAAGGUGUAAGAUUACCUUCUUUUUACAGUGUUCAAAGAGCUGAAAGAAGUAGACCCAGUCCUUUAUUCCAACCAUCCAGAUAUACUGCAUAUGAAGGGAUAUGUAACAAUACUUUACCAAAACUAGGGCCCUAUUCCCAAGCGUUCUUUCCAACUUCACAACCAUCCAAAUAUACUGCAUAUGAAGGGAUAUGUAACAAUAAUUUAACAAAACUAGGGACCUAUUCUCAAGCGUUCCUUCCAACUUCACAACCAUCCAAAUAUACUGCAUAUGAAGGGAUAUAUAACAAUAAUUUAACAAAACUAGGGACCUAUUCUCAAGCAUUCCUUCCAACUUCACAACAAUCCAAAUAUACGGCCUAUGAAGGGAUAUGUAACAAUAAUUUAACAAAACUAGGGAACUAUUCUCAAGCGUUCCUUCCAACUUUACAACCACCCAAAUAUACUGCAUAUGAAAGGAUAUGUAACAAUACUUUAACAAUGCUAGGGACUUCCUCUCAAGCGUUCCUCCCAGCUUCAGAGUUAGAUAAUAGACAGCUAUUAACAGGAAGGCAUUAUGUUAAGACUACAUCAGGUACUCCUUUGAUGUUCUAUACUAAAGAUGAAAGUAUAGUAAGAACAGGUGACGAUAAUGCUCUCCCAAGCCAAGAUCAAUCUUCUUUGGAAGGAACACAAGAGCCACACCAGGGAAGCCCAUUUGGAAGCCUGGAGAAGUUAUCUAAAAUAGAAAAUAUUGCUCCUUUUGAGAAAUUCUCAAUUUCACCUGUUUCUUCUAUGGAAACAGUUGAAGGACAUAUGCAAAAAAGUGAAGUUCAGGAGAGUAGUUAUCAUGCGGACUCUAUGGAAAAUGAGGAUUCUGAGACAGAAUCUAGUCCUUCAUUUGUAACUGCUUCUCAUGAACUGGAGUGGUGCAGCACUUCAGUUCAGACCCCAGAAGAUACCCUCAACCAGAACACAAGUGAGGACUUUUCAGGAGAAGAAGAAACCUCCAAUCAGAUUGCCUCAUCAAAUGCUUGGUCAACUAAUAGGCUGUCAUCCAUCACUGGGGAUCAAAGAGUGGCAUACAGCUUAAACCAACCUAUCUCUAUGUCACGGUACUUUUCCUAUGACCUUCCCUGGCAUAAAUACCUCAGAGGAAGAGACGAGAGGGAAACUAUAGUAGAAUUCUUCUAUUUUCUGAAACAACAUGAAUUUGAAAAUAUAAUGGCACCACUUGAAAGCAGGAGGUAUAAAAGAUAGGCCUAGAUAUAAAGUCACCUUUUUACUACAGAACCUAUGGUGCAUCUCUGCUCUUUGUAGGCAACCAUAAUAUUGACGUGACUAUCUAUCAAAUGAAUUUGAUACCCCU